AAUUCUCAUAAUAUAAAACACAACAUACACCCACACACGCCCCCCAGUUUUUUACAUCGUAAGCACCGAGGGAGCCAGACCCAGAGGGUCCACCGACGUCCCGGAUUCUAAUAACGACCUCUGCGCGCCAGGCGGGCCUCCUGCGGGAGCCGGGGCCCAUUUUCUUUCGAAGCUAACGACGCUGCUGCGCAGGCCUGUUAAUUCCCUCAGCAGCCAGUGCGAGGUUAAACACGCGACCUCGCAACCAUGGCUUUUGAGAGGAAGCUGAAUUCCUGGGGUGCGCCGUGCAGAGUUCAUUUCCUACGUUGGCCCUGCCCAGCCGCCCGGACCUGGAGGAAAACAGAGCACCCGGCCCACUCUUCAAUUCUUCGACCCCAGUGGCCGCGCCUCGGGCGCUCGGGGGCGGGCUCCGCACAGCGACGUCACGGCGCACCGUGCGCUGGGUCAAAGUUCAGCCCCGCCCCCGCUUCCCCCUCGCUGUCUCCCUCGGCCUGUGCCGCCGCCGCCGCCGCUUGUGGGCCCGACUCCGCUCUGUCUGCUUCGCCACCUUCUCCCCGAGCACUGCCCGGCCGGCCGCCAUGGCUAACGUGGCUGACACGAAGCUGUACGACAUCCUGGGCGUCCCGCCCGGCGCCAGCGAGAACGAGCUGAAGAAGGCAUACAGAAAGUUAGCCAAGGAAUAUCAUCCUGAUAAGAAUCCAAAUGCAGGAGACAAAUUUAAAGAAAUAAGUUUUGCAUAUGAAGUACUAUCAAAUCCUGAGAAGCGUGAGUUAUAUGACAGAUACGGAGAGCAAGGUCUUCGGGAAGGCAGCGGCGGAGGUGGUGGCAUGGAUGAUAUUUUCUCUCACAUUUUUGGUGGGGGAUUGUUCGGCUUCAUGGGCAAUCAGAGUAGAAGUCGAAAUGGCAGAAGAAGAGGAGAGGACAUGAUGCAUCCACUCAAAGUAUCUUUAGAAGAUCUGUAUAAUGGCAAGACAACCAAACUACAACUUAGCAAGAAUGUGCUCUGUAGUGCAUGCAGUGGCCAAGGCGGAAAGUCUGGAGCUGUCCAAAAGUGUAGUGCUUGUCGAGGUCGCGGUGUGCGCAUCAUGAUCAGACAGCUGGCUCCAGGGAUGGUACAACAGAUGCAGUCUGUGUGCUCUGAUUGUAAUGGAGAAGGAGAGGUAAUUAAUGAAAAAGACCGCUGUAAAAAAUGUGAAGGGAAGAAGGUGAUUAAAGAAGUCAAGAUUCUUGAAGUCCACGUAGACAAAGGCAUGAAACAUGGACAGAGAAUUACAUUCACUGGGGAAGCAGACCAGGCCCCAGGAGUGGAACCCGGAGACAUUGUUCUUUUGCUACAGGAGAAAGAACAUGAGGUAUUUCAGAGAGAUGGGAAUGAUUUGCACAUGACAUAUAAAAUAGGACUUGUUGAAGCUCUAUGUGGAUUUCAGUUCACAUUUAAGCACCUUGAUGGACGUCAGAUUGUGGUGAAAUACCCCCCUGGCAAAGUAAUUGAACCAGGAUGUGUUCGUGUAGUUCGAGGUGAAGGGAUGCCGCAGUAUCGUAAUCCCUUUGAAAAAGGUGAUCUUUACAUAAAGUUUGAUGUGCAGUUUCCUGAAAACAACUGGAUCAACCCAGACAAGCUUUCUGAACUAGAAGAUCUUCUGCCAUCUAGACCGGAAGUUCCUAACAUAAUUGGAGAAACAGAGGAGGUAGAGCUUCAGGAAUUUGAUAGCACUCGAGGCUCAGGAGGUGGUCAGAGGCGUGAAGCCUAUAAUGAUAGCUCUGAUGAAGAAAGCAGCAGCCAUCAUGGACCUGGAGUGCAGUGUGCCCAUCAGUAAACUCUGCAAACAAAUUGCACAGGUGGAUUUUCUUUCCACAUUUGCCUGAUUUGUUCUCAGCAAUCCAGCUGGAGUGUCUUAUCAAUCCAGAUGAACUGAGGGACAUCUGUUGGUCUAUGUAUAACUUUUAAAAUUGGUAUAGUAUCUACAGAGUGUAUAAUUUAAACUAACCACAAAGCUUUACAUCUUCAUUUCGACUGUUCCAUAGCAGAAUAAAGCACUUGAAAGGAAAAGACUCCCUUUCACACAUGGAUUAUUAUAAGUUUCAAUCCUGGUAUCUGUGCUUGAUUUUUAUCAGUUUUGUGUAGAUUUUUAUGUUUCAUAUUUUAAAUUUAAAUCCCACAUUGUAAAGUUUGUACAAUUUGUCCUGAAGCUUUGUGUUUGGCUGCACCUGCAUAAGCUGCUACAAAUAGAAUAAAGAAUUUCAUAGCCUGUAUCUAUCAUUUAGAUGCAUGGAAAAAAAUGGGCUUUGCACACAAUGGGUUUGGAGCUGACUGGGAACAAUGGAAAAAAUUACAUUAGCUGUGGUUGUAAAGUUUUUUUGUUUUUGGUUUUGUUUUUUUUUCUUUUUUCUUUUUCUUUUUUUUUUUUUACCAUCUUGUGAAAGGUUUCUGAAACUCGAUAAUAAAAAGCGGUUGGUGUAAA